CUGACUUUCUGAAUACGCCUACCAUGUGGAAUCUUGUUAAAUACCUUACUAAAAUCUAUGUAGAUCAAAUCCACUGCACUACCCUCAUCUCUGUGCCUGGUCACCUCCUCAAAGAACUCUGUUUAGCCAUGCUGACUGUCCCUGAUCAGACCAUGAUUCUCUAAAUGCCCAUAGAUCCUAUCUCUAAGAAUCUUUUCCGACGGCUUUCCCACCACAGACGUAAGGCUCACUGGUCUAUAAUUACCCAGACUAUCCCUACUACCUUUUUUUGAACAAGGGGACAACAUUCAUCUCCCUCCAUUCCUCGGGUAUCAUUCUCGUGGACAACGAGGACAUAAAGAUCCAAGCCAGAGGAUCAGCAAUCUUUUCCCUCUCCUUGUGGAGCAGCCUGGGGAAUAUUCUGUCAGGCUUUGGAGACUCAUCCGUCCUAAUGUGCUUUAACAACUCCAACACCUCCUCUCCCUUAAUAUGAACAUGCUCCAGAAUAUCAACCUCACUCAUAUUGUCCUCAUCGUCAUCAAGUUCCCUCUCAGUGGUGAAUACCAAAGAGAAGUAUUCAUUGAGGACCUCGCUCACUUCCACAGCCUCCAGGUGCAUCUUCCCACUUUUAUCUCUAAUCAUUCCUGUCUUCACUCCUGUCAUCCUUUUGUUCCUCACAUAAUUGAAGAAUGUCUUGGGGUUUUCCUUUACCCUACUCGCCAAGGCCUUCUCAUGCCCUCUUCUUGCUCUCCUCAGCCCCUUCUUAAGCUCCUUUCUUACUACUCUAUAUUCUUCAAUAGACCCAUCUGAUCCUUAAUUCUUAAACCUCACGUAUGCUGCCAUCUUCCACCUGACUAGAUUUUCCACUUCACUUGUCACCCAUGGUUCCUUCACCCUACCAUUCUUCAUCUUCCUCACCUGGACAAAUUUAUCCCUAACAUCCUGCAAGAGAUCCCUAAACAUUGACCACAUGUCCAUAGUACUGUUCCCUGCAAAAACAUCAUCCAAAUUCACACCUGCAAGUUCUAUCCUUAUUGCCUCAUAAUUUGCCCUUCCCCAAUUAAAAAUUUCCAUGUCCUCUCUGAUUCUAUCCUUUUCCAUGAUAAUGUUAAAAGCCAGGGAGUGGUGGUCACUGUCCCCCAGAUGCUCACCCACUGAGAGAUUUGUGACCUGACCCACUUCAUUACCUAAUACUAGAUCUAAUAUGGCAUUCCCCCUAGUCGGCCUGUCAACGUACUGUGACAGGAAUCUGUCCUGGACAUACUUAACAAACUCUACCCUGUCUGAACCAUUGGAACUAAUCAGGUGCCAAUCAAUAUCAGGGAAGUUAAAGUCACUCAUGAUAACAACCCUGUUAUUUUUGCACCUUUCCAAAAUCUGCCUCCCAAUCUGCUCUUCAGUAUCUCUGCUGCUACCAGGGGGCCUAUAGAAUACUCCCAAUAGAGUAACUGCUCCAUUCCUGUUCCUGACUUCCACCCAUACUGACUCAAAAGAGGAUCCUGCUACAUUACCCACCCUUUCUGUAGCUGUAAUAGUAUCCCUGACCAGUAAUGCCACCCCUCCUCCCCUUUCCCCCCCUCUUUAUCCCUUUUAAAGUACUGAAAUCCAGGAAUAUUGAGAAUCCAUUCCUGCCCUGGUGCCAGCCAAGUCUCCGUAAUGGCCACUACAUCAUAAUUCCAUGUAUGUAUCCAAGCUCUCAGUUCAUCACCUUUGUUCCUAAUGCUUCUUGCAUUGAAGUACACACACUUUAUCCCUUCUAUCUUACUACCUUUACACCCUUUAUUCUGCUUCUCUUUCCUCAAAGCCUCUAGUUAUGUUAGAUCUGGCUUUACUCCAUGCACUUCUUUCACUGCUCUAUCGCUCUGGGUCCCAUCCCCCUUGCAAAUUAGUUUAAACCCUCCUGAACCAUGCUAGCAAACCUACCAGCAAGAAUAUUGCUCCCCCUCGAGUUAAGGUGCAACCCACCUAAUCUGUACAGUUCCCACCUUCCCCAGAAGAGAUCCCAAUGGUCCAAAAAUCUAAAACCCUGCCCUCUGCACCAACUCCUUCGCCACGCAUUUAGCUGCCAUCUCCUCCAAUUCUUAACAUCACUAUCACGUAGCACUGGCAGCAAUCCUGAGAAUACCACCCUUGAGGUCCUGUUCUUCAGCCUUCUGCCUAGUUCCCAAAACUCACACUUCAGGACCUCAUCCCUCUUCCUGCCAAUGUUGUUGGUACCAAUAUGUAUCACGACUUCUGGUUGCUUUCCCUCUUGUACCAGGAUGUUAUGCACCCGGUCAGAGACAUCCCAGACUCUGGCACCCGGGAAGGAACAAACCAUGCGGGUGUCCUUCUCACAUCCACAAACUCUCCUGUCUGCUCCCCUGACUAUAGAGUCUCCAAUGACGACAGCUCUCCUCUUCACCGUCCCACCCUUCUGCACCACAGGGUCAGACUCAGUGCCAGAGGCCCUGCCACCGUGGCUCACAACUGGUUGGUCAUCCCCGCCAACAGUAUACAGGACGGUAAACUUAUUAUUCAGGGGAAUGGCUACAGGGGUGCUCUGCACUACCUGUCUACUCACCUUCGCUUCCCCCCUCGGACUGUCACCCAACAACCUGCUUCCGGCAGCCUAGGUGUGACAAACUCCCUGUAGCUCUCAUCUAUGACUGCCUCAUUCUCCCUUAUGAGUCGAAGGUCAUCCAGCUGCUGCUCCAGAUUCCUCACACAGUCUUCCAGAUCGCCCAGCUGCAAGCACUUCUGGCAGAUGUGACUCUGUGGGAGAGGGGAGUUCCCCCAAGACUGCCACGUUUCACAGGAGAGGCACAUCACCAUCUCAGGAGGCAUUGUAAAGACUAACUGGGAACAAGCUCAUCCUCAGCCUCUUCUCAUCAAAGCCUCAAAGCUCCACUCCUUCACUGGCCCACUCACUCGCUGGCUGCUUUCCAUAUGCAUAGGUGCAGUAGUAGACUAAUGCACAGGUGCAAUGGAGACAAAUCCAUGGAUGCAAUGGAGACAAAUCCACGGGUGCAAUGGAAACAAAUACACGGGUGCAAUGGAGACGAAUGCACAGGUGCAAUGGAAACGAAUCCAUGGAUGCAAUGGAGACGGAUCCACGGGUGCAAUGGAAACGAAUCCAUGGAUGCAAUGGAGACGAAUGCACAGGUGCAAUGGAGACAAAUCCACGGGUGCAAUGGAAACAAAUCCACGGGUGCAAUGGAGACGAAUGCACAGGUGCAAUGGAAACGAAUCCAUGGAUGCAAUGGAGAUGGAUCCACGGGUGCAAUGGAGACGAAUGCACAGGUGCAAUGGAGACGAAUGCACGGGUACAAUGGAGAGGAAUCCACGGGUGCAAUGGAGACGAAUGCACGGGUGCAAUGGAAACUAAUGCAUGGGUGCAAUGGAAAUGAAUCCACAGGUGCAAUGGAAGCUAAAGUGCAUGGCAUCAUAUAAGCAACUUUCACAAGAAAACAUGAACAUAAAAUAUGUAAAACAUUAUAAGAAAUAAUCAGACCAAAAAGACAUUUUAGUGCAAAGACAAUUUUUACUGCAAGGCAGCACAUUCUCCCCCAUGUGGAAUUAUUUGCUCAUGUCAAACCUGGACGUUGGUAGUUCACAGAGUGAAUGGGCUUCAUCAUAUGAUAGUGAAAUCAGGGGAUACUGACGGCCCAGUGGAGAUCCAUAUAAAAAAUGGAGCAAGCACAAACAAGGCAACAUGUCAAAUCUACAACUUGGAGCAUUAUAAUUUCUUAUGGAGCCAUUGACACACUGCAAUUACAAGGUGCUGGAGAGAUUCAACCACAUACACCAGGGCCCAUAAGCAGUAUCAUGGUAAACAAGUAUGGAUGCCGUCCAGUGAUGAUGGGGGGAGGAAUAUUGUGCUCCAUUGGAAUGAUAGCUGCGUCGUUUUGCAAUAAUGUUCUUGGGCUUUUUAUGUGUGUGGGCUGUAUUACAGGUCUUGGAUUGGCUUUCAACCUUCAGCCAGCCUUAACAAUGAUUGGGAAGUAUUUUUACAAGAAACGCCCCAUUGCUAAUGGAAUCGCCAUGGCUGGUAGCCCAGUGUUCCUGAGCACAUUUGCACCUCUAAAUCAGUACUUGGUCGAUAUCUUCAGCUGGAGAGGCAGUUUUCUUAUCCUUGGUGGAAUUCUGCUGAACUGCUGUGUAGCCGGAUCCUUUAUGAGACCCCUACAGCCUACAAAGUCCGUUGCUGUGAAAGAUGCUCUAAAGAAGGAUGAGAACAAAGGUGUGGCUGAUGGAGUAUUGCAGGGAAAGAAGGAAAAGCAAAGUGUCUUUGACAUAAUUAAUAAGCAGCUAGAUCUCAGCCUCUUCAAACAUCGGGGAUUUUUAAUUUAUCUCUUCGGCAACGUCAUAAUGUUUUUUGGCUUUUUUGCCCCCAUUGUAUUUUUGGCUCCUUAUGCCAAACACAUGGGAAUAGAUGAGUAUUCUGCAGCAUUCCUGCUCUCUAUACUAGCUUUUGUAGACAUGUUUGCAAGGCCCAGCAUGGGGCUGCUUGCAAACUCUAAAUGGAUUAGACCAAAGAUACAGUAUUUUUUUAGUUUUGCUGUCUUCUACAAUGGCUUUUGUCACAUCAUGUGCCCGUUGGCAAGUGACUAUACAGGCCUUGUGGUCUAUGCAAUAUUCUUUGGUUUUGCUUUUGGAAUGGUGAGUGCUGUUCUUUUUGAAACAUUGAUGGACCUGGUUGGUGCCAAGAGGUUCUCCAGUGCAGUGGGACUGGUCACCAUCGUCGAGUGCUGUCCUGUUCUUCUGGGACCACCACUUGGAGGAUGGUUGGUGGAUGUCACACAAGAUUACAGGUACAUGUACUUUGUAUGUGGAACCAUUGUGAUCAUGGCCAGCAUCUUUCUGUUUAUCGCAAAUGCCAUCAACUAUCGUCUGCUGGCAAAAGAGAAGAAGAUGGAGGAAGAUAAAGCAAAAGCAUCUCUGAAUGAUGCAGAACUGAAAGAUGUCCCGGAGAACAUGGCUGGUGAUGAUGACGAUGACGAUAUUCACAUCAAUCCCCAGACGCUCUUGGCUAAUACUGCUGAGAAAGAAACUAAUAUUUAACUGAAAAAACUCAUCUGUUGUUACCUUUCUCUGAGUGUUCACUUGAAAUUGAAUGUUAGAGUAUAUGUCAGUCUCUAGGUAGAUAUCCAGGGCUCUAAUAGGAGUCAGUAUGUUCAGCUGCAAAUUGCUUACUAAACCUUGGGAUAUACAGAAUGACCCUUCCUAGUCCCGGGUGUUACUCUAUACUUGUAUUCAUAGAUGUUUCUGCAGUUUUCGAUGAACUGUUUCUGUGAUAUGCCAUGGUACAGCAGGGAAUUGAAAUGUUUAAAAAGAUUAAUAUGCAAGAGGAGAAAUUCUCCAAUAUUUUUUCAUCCAGGUAGUCACCAACUUUCACUGCAGAUACUUUAGAUCAACACCAAUAUUGCCGUGUUUGUCGCCAAGGUAGCAUAGCGGUUAGUGUGACACUAUUACAGCUCGGGGUGUCGGAGUUGAGAGUUCAAUUCCAGCGCUACUCCUAAGGAGUCUCUGAACGUCCUCCUCAUGGAAUUGGGGGGUUUUCCCCAUGUGCUCUGGUUUCCUCCCUCACUCCAAAGACGUACCAGGUAAUUUAAUUGGUCUUUGUAAACUGUCCCGUGGUUAGGUUAGGGUUAAAUUGGUGUUUUUGGGAGUUACUGGGGCAAUGCUGCUCAAAAGGCCAGAAUGGCCUACUCCAUGCUGCAUCUAUAAAUAAAAAUGUUAUUGUUGCAGACAGGAAAUAUGAAUAAUAAGUCAGCAAAAAACAAUUUGCAGCCAGUAGUUCAUUCCUGACCAAGCACAACUUGAUGUUACUAUGCACUAAUAACUUCUUUGUAUAAACAAUCCAAGGUAUCUGUGCUAGGAACUGCAUAAAUUAACAUAAGAGCAGACUGCAAGCUGCAUAUAAAAAUGGCAGCAGUAUAUGCUAAACACAGAACUGACAUUCUUCCUCACAAAGACAUGACCCUUCCAAAUCAAGUCUCUACAGACUCAACUACAGCCUUUCAUUAAGUUUGACUUUCAGAAAAAUAAACGUAAUGAAAAGCAAAAGGCCUCACCAGCACUAGUCUCUUGUUCUUAGAUUAAAUACAUUAAACUCUGGUAAACAAUCCAAAAUGAGCUUUGCCAUUCAAAAAAGAUUUUAACUAGAUGGAAGAGAGAGCUUGUGGGACAUUGACUCUUAAGCCUAGAUUUUCUAAUCAAUGCUGAUUCAGCAAUGACAGUGACCUAUUUAUUUUUAAGAUAAUGUCAAUGGGAAAAUCUAAGCUUGAGUAUUCAUCUGCAAAUGAAAUCAACAUUGAAUUAACCUUAGGUUUUGAAGUUCCUUGGUGAAGUGAAUUGGGCAAGGACCACCUGUGUUGGUCAGCCAUAGGACUAUAUCACCUCAUUUUAACAGCAAGACUGGAACAUUUUGAUAAUCACCUGUGGGACAGUUUAUUAUGUUAAGGAAUGCCACAUAUUUGGCAAAUACACUCAAAAGCUACCACAGGAUUUGUACUAAAUACAGAUAAGCACGUUGACACUCUCUUUAGAUUGGUACUGAGAUACAUUUUAAACUAUAGUUACUUUUGCCAAUUCUGAUCGGAGGCUGCUAACCAGAGACACUGGGUGCCUAUUAAAUAAUUCCAUUACCUUUUACCAAAUUCUCUUGCCUUCACCAAAUACGUCUCACAGGUAAACUGAUUCUUUUUAUCAAAGUUGUUUAUAUUGUAAUUCAAUUAAAUUAAUAUCAAGUACAUUAGUUUUGGAACGAACCGAGGGUUAUAGAUUGUAUUUAAAUUUUAUAUUCUGGUAUUUUCAAGAUGCAGGACAAAAUUUAGCAAUUCUUUUAACCAAUAGCAAUUUUUUGUGGAAUAACAUUUGCAUUCCAAGCAAAUAAAUUGUGAGUGAGUUAUCUGGAAAACUUUGUUGCAGAGUAAUUGCGAUUCAUUGGGAGUGAGGAGUUGCAACAGGACAACUUGGUGGAGUCUUCUCUUCAACUUCCAUGUGGGAAAGUAUUUGCACUUUCUUAACAGCAAUAAAACUGGGAGUGACCUCCCAAGGCUUGAAGACCAUGGUUGCAGUACUGUUAUUAAUCUUAUGCACUGGUAAACAAUCACAGUACGAUAAUGGCCACCAUUAACCUGGGGCACUAACCAAAUUUAAUUUCCUUUCUUCACCUAGAGGGUGCUAGAAAUACUUGCAGAAUUUGAAAUUGCUUCUGACUGAUUUUGGUUUCUGCAACCAUAUAGGACACACUGUGAGUUUAACAGUUGAGAGUCUACGCUGAUACUGAAAGGGGUUAGAUGGAGGAUUAGUCACCCUCUUCCUCUUGUCCCACCAAUAUCACUUCCAAUUAGGGAGGAGGCACCUAAAAGUAUUGCAUCUGAUCCCAGCAUUUAGGCUGACAAAUGUGUCUAAAACCAUGCAAAAUAGAGAUAUACUGUUCCAAGCAAGUAUCAAAGUAAAAGAAGUAUCAAUUUAAGCUGUGAGGAAGGAAUUUUAAAGGGGGUCUGAGGGGUAAGUUUUAGUUUUACAGAGGGUGACUAAUAUCAGGAACACGAUGCCAGAGGAGGUCGCGGAAAUACAUAAUUACUACAUUUAAGAUACUGGGACAGACAACAUAUAGAGCGAUCUGCUCCUACAAGCAACAUAUUGAAUGUUGUCGUCCUAGAGCGAGCAAAUAGAAUUAGUAAAGAGGUCAGCAUGAAUGAAGUGGCAUGAAGGGCCAUCAGUGUACUGAAAUCCAUGAAUUAAUAACUCUAAUCACAAAAAGUUUUUCAAAUUCAAGAACUUUGUACAUAUUUGAAGGUAAUAUCAAAAUAGGGAAAAAUAAUAUACUAAUCAUUAUCUAACAAGUAUUAUUUAAAUUCUUGGAGAUUUGAUAUUGUACUCUUACAUUGUAAUCAAAAGGUUUGGAGAUGUGCAUUCAAAUCCUUUCAUAGCUGCUGGGGAAUUUAAAUUAUUAAUUAUGUCACCUGUCAUAAAAAGCCAAUAUCAAUAAUGGUGAAACUAUUUAAUUACCAUAAAAAUCUAAUUAGGUUGCUAAUAUCAAAUCUGGUAUGCAUAUCCAUCCUGUUUGAUAUGUGACUCCAACUCCAGCUUGGUCGUUAACCUCGAUCUGAAGUGGCCAAUAAAGGUUACUGAAGAAUCAAUUGCAAGCCAUUCAGUUGGACUGGGAGGUGACAAAAUUCACUCCAGAAGUUCAAAAAGGUUAAUACAACCUUGUUAAGAGCACACUGAAACAAGCAAUAAAUGUUAACCUUGCCAACAAUAUUCAUAUCCUAUAGUAACUGGGAAUAAAAACCUUGAAACUCAUUCCUUGUUGAUCACGCUAAACCCUUCAUGUAGUUUUGCUUGCAAAUUGUGGUCUGCCUUGAAAUUCAUUCCAUUAACAUUGGUGUAAUAGUACAAAGCCCUGAUUUGAUACAUUUGGAGCUAGGAAUGAAGUUCUACAUUAGUGGUCCUUAUAGAAAUAUGUGGCCUCUUACACUUAUAUUGUACUCACUUUGGUUAGAGAAAGAAAUUCAUAAUGAUUGGAAAGUCUUUCACUUAAAAACAUGCUAGCACAUGGGAAGAACAGAGUAUGGUCUGUAUUUUUCAGUAAAUACAAAUACCUGUUGUGUACAUGUAAACUUUGUGGAGAAUAGCUAUUCCCAUUGUUUGGUGUUAGUAGGAAACUAUGGGAAAUGUUUUAAUCUUUAGUGGAGUUUCCCUGCAAUCUAGGGAAAUCAUGUUGUGAACAGAGUAAUGGAAUAGAUUGGACAAAAUCUAUGGGCCAUUUUGGCAAUAUUUAUAAUUUGCAAAAGCUUCACUACUCGGUAUCUUGCAAACUGGAAUUUCUUUCCAGCAUGAGGUUACAACAUAUCAAAGGGUUCAUUUCUUAUCUUUCAUUGCAUUUGUUUUUGAAUUCACUGCUGUGCAUGCAAAAAUCAACAACUGGUUAAAUCUUCCUGUAAUGAGUAGUCAUUGAAGAAUGAGUGCAAGAAAAGUUAAUCUUUUGACUGCUACUACUAAACAGAUGAGGGAGAAUUGAGCUUCAGUAGUACUUGCCCCAGUAUGUGUAUUCGUACCAAAUACUGGGAAGCAAGUACAUUAGCAAUUGAUAUUCCAGCAUACAGCAGAAGCUGAAACAGUUUUUCCUAAGUUUUUUUUGCGUGUUUUGGGAUUAUUUGCUUUAAAUUUGUGUAUUUUUCUGACAGACUUCAGAAACUGUUUGAAAAUAUGAUCUCAUUCUUAAAAAAUCCAUUCUGGUGAGUUAAUUAUAUGGCAGCUCUGUAUGCCUAAGUAAAUCUUCCCAGUUUCAGUAGAUGUAAAUAUUAUUGGCUUAAGAAACGUUCAGCAUCAAUGGACCAAUGUGGUACCUUUCAAUUACAGAGUCACACAUAGACUUACAGUUCAAUGAACCACACCAAUGGUACAAACCUCUGUUACUAUUGGGUAGUUAGUACUUGCUUUGAAGAAACACCAUUUCCUGGUGAGGCUUCAUUUUAGAAUUAAAGAGAAUGGACAAUGAGUUUACUGUAAGCAAAGCCAAAGCUGAGCAGCUGACUGAUGAGUGACAUUUCAUCCAACAAUUGAAACUGAGAGGGGGCAGGUACAAUGUUGUGAUGUAAGUCACGAGGGGUGAUUGUUAAGUUCAUUGCCAAAGUUAAAAGGAAUCAAUUUUAGAAAACCUAGCACAUUUAUUUUUCCUACACACUUAGUCCAGCGGAUGUGGGGCAUACAGAUUACUUCUUUGUAAAAGUUGGUGUCUUGGACCUCCAGAACUGGUCCACAGCAUAAGGUGAUUAAUAAGUUUGUGGCCUAAGGUAGAAAGAGAUGAGUUAUUAACUUCAAAUUUUCUGCAUUUUCACUCAAAGAGUUGAACUACACAUGCAUGUAACGAGAGCUGUUUAACUCAUCUCCUUCUACCUUAGGUCGCAACUUAUUGAUCACCCCUGCUGUGGACCACCUAGAGGUCCAAGAUGCUCUUGUUACAUGCAUGUGCAGUUCAACUCUGAGUGAUAAUGCAGAAACCUGGAAGUUAAUAACUCACCACCUCUACAAAGAAGGGAUCCCUAUCCUCCAUGACCACUGGACUAAGUGUGUACAUGUAGGAGGGGACUAUGUAGAAAAAUAAAUGUGCUAGGUUUUCCAAAAUUGAUUCCUUCUACCUUAGGCCACAAACUUAUCAAUCACCCCUUGUAUGUGUGAAUUCUUUAAGACUUGCACAGUGAUGAUGCUAAACACUGAGAUGACUAUGUAAUGUGUGCAAUAGCUGCUCCAAAACUUUCAAUUAAAAACAAAUACUCUUUUAACACA